AUGUCAAAUCAUUGGAAGCUGAAGCAUAAAGAACAACUUCCAGCAACCACGUCUACUUCUGAAAGUGCUUCUGAACAUAGCUCAGACACUUUGCCAAUAACAUCAAGUGUAAAAUCACAACAAUCUAUAGAGCAGGCAUUUAUUACAAAUUGGGACAUAACAGACCCACAAUCAAAGGAAAUUCAUAAUGCCAUCGCUGAAAUGUUUGCCACUGACAAUCAACCAAUUUCGAUUCUGGAAAAUAAAGGAUUUAACAGGUUAUUGCAUUUAUUGAAGCCUAAAUAUAAGUUGCCUGGUAGGAAGUAUAUGAGCGAAGUAGUGAUUCCAGCGAUUUAUGAAAGAGUGAAAAAAUUGAUCAAGGAUGAAAUCUCAAAAGCCAAGGCUGUUCGAUUACUUACAUCUGAUAUAUGGACUUGCUUGAACAACAUGCUUAACUUUCUAAGCUUCACUGCACACUGGCUUGAUAAGGACUUUGUUUUACAGCAUAGAACUCUGCAAAUGAAACAUUUUACUGAGUCUCACUCAGGUUAUCAUAUUCGUUCUGUUUUAGAAGACUUAUCUGCAACUGGGGACAUAACUUCGCUUAUCCACGUGAUUAUGAAAGAUAAUGGUCCCAACAUCCUGAAAGCCAUUAAUGAAAGUCUGUUUGUAGGCAAGGGGUGUAUACAUAUGUUACAAUUGGCGAUUAAAGCUUCAUUACAGGUUGCAAACGUAAAUGAUGCUUUGACCUCUGCUAGAAGUAUAGUGACACACUUCAACCACUCAAGCACGGCGCAAGAAAAGCUGAAAAAUAUCCAGAAAGAACUGAAUCUUGCUGAGCAUCAGCCUGUACAGGAUGUCACAACGAGGUGGAACAGCACGUAUUAUAUGUUGGAAAGAAUCGUUGAACAGAAGCGUGCAAUUUCACUUUACAUUUCGGACAAUUCUAGCACAGUAAAUAUUCGAAACUGUACUGAAAGGCAGCGGCUGAUUCUCAAAGAAUGUCUAAUUUUAUUAAAACCGUUUGAAGAUAUCACCAAAAUUACCAGCUCUACAUUUUCGUCAAUUUCUGAAGUGAUUCCCCACAGUAACACUCUCAUCAAAUUUUAA